GUCAUCUGAAAAUCGCGAAAGCCGCAGUCUUCACUCGUGAGUUGCUGAAACCAAAAUAAAGACAGUCAAUCUCGGGAAAAAGUCGCAGAAAUGGCCUGCCGGAUGAUUAUUUCCCCAGUGAUCCGUGCCGUCGGAGUGCGCAACAUCUCGACACAGGCGCUGGCCUCCCGCUGUGCUGCCAUCAAGGACGAAAUCACUCACACUGGUCAGUUUUACGAGGAAAAUGACUACCGGAAUGCCCGCUUCGUCAACGCCGCCAAGGUGGUCAAUCAGAACUGGGCCAUCAAAAUGAUCGACGAAACGCCCAUCGUCAUGAGCAGCGAGCGGGUGGUGUACUGUGACGGUGGCACCGAGCCGGCCCUAGGACAUCCCAAGGUGUACAUCAAUCUGGAUAAACCCGGUGCCCAUGCUUGCGGAUACUGCGGUCAACGCUUCCAGAAGAAGGAUGACCAUCAUCAUUAAGGCCGAUGCUUUGAUGUUUAGAAUUUUUGAACUGUGCUGGCCGUUGUCUGACUAUGCGGCUAGAAAUGUGAAAAAUUGAAAUGCAAAUAUCUAUCAAUUAGUGGAAGCGA